AUUUGAGUUGCACUUCGUGUGCCACUAUAAAUACUAGAGCGAUUUCCUGUUUAUAUUCAGUUUCCCAAAGUUAUAGUCGCGUAAAGAUGCUCGGACCGGCCCUAGCAUUCGUUCUUUGCCUAUCCGUGUCGGUGCAGGCCGUAUUCCCCGACGAUCCCAAGCCCUGUAAGUACGGCGAUGGCGAGUGCAUCAUGAAGCUGAGCAACACCCUCUUCAGCGAGAGGUCUUCGGCGGAGGAGCCCGGUCUUAACCUGGUGCCCCUAGAUCCUUUGAAGGUGGACAAGCUUGUGAUAAGCCAGGGAGAGGACACCAGUCCCGUGGGCAUAACUCUGACUUUUACCGAUAAUUUGCUAUACGGCAUGAAGGACCAAAGGAUAGUUAAAGUGAAGGGAUUCGGAAAGGACCUCACCGGAAAGCACGAGCUGAGGAUCGUGGCGAAGACCUUCUCCCUGGUGGGACCCUACAACAUCAACGGCAAGGUACUCAUUCUGCCCAUCAGCGGCACAGGAAACAGUAACAUGACCAUGGCUAACGUCAAGGCAAUUGUCACCUUCUCGGGAAAACCCCUGGAGAAGGACGGCGAAAUCUUUUUGGACAUUACCAACUUCAAAAUAACAAUGAAGCCGGAGUCCACCCACUACCACUUCUCGAAUCUCUUCAAUGGGGACAAGGCGCUGGGCGACAAUAUGAAUGUCUUCCUGAACGAGAACGCGGAGGCCAUUUACAAGGAGACGGCCUCGGCAAUUGACAGGUCCUUCAGCCAGCUCUUCAAGGGAAUCGUUGGGGGCGUGUUCUCCAAAGUGCCGUAUGCCAAGCUUUUUGCCGAGGAGUAGUUAAUGUGAAAUAGUAUUCUCAUUUGUAUUAUUAUUAUUUUUAAUUCGGUAUAGCCCACUUGUUGAUACUUAUCGCAAACUCCAGCUCAGGCAGUUUGUAGAGUGGCAGAUAUAGGUUUCAGCGCUGGCAAUCAUCAUUAGGUUUAAUGAGGGUCGCAGGUUCACUUAGAACGUUAGAAUCUAAAUUACUUUUUAACAAUCUAAACUAAAUCUGCUGUAAAUAAAACACAGAUGUGUGGUAAUAAAAAUGACAUGCUUAACAUUAAA